AUUAGUGUAACUUUCCAAGGAGCCUCCCCACAGACUCAGAGCCAGCCCAGCAUUAGCCGAACGAAGAGAGACAGAGUGGAUCCUGUGCUAAUAUCGGCAUAACCAGGCCACAGGACUCAUUUGGGGCCUUUAUUGUAAAAACAUGCCCCAGCUUUCCCAAGAUAGCCAAGAGUGCCUCCAGAAACAUUUCUCCAGGCCGUCUAUAUGGACGCAGUUUCUGCCCCUGUUUAGGGCUCAGAGAUAUAACGCAGACAUUCACCAAACCACAGAAAAUGGAGACCCCAGGGCUGCGCCUGACUUCAAGCCCUUCACGCCUGCACAGCUCCCAGACUCGCCCGCUGCCCCGAAGCUGCUCGGCCUCCUUUCUAGCCCGCUUUCCAGCCUCGCAAGGUUCUUCUCUCACCUUCUCCGGCGACCCCUUCCCGAGGCUUCCCAGAGGCGCCCGGACUUCUCCCCACUGCUUUCCGCCCUACCGGCCGCCCGGCUCUCGCGGGGGCACGAGGAGCUGCCAGGCCGCCUCUCGCUCCUGCUCGGGGCGGGUCUGGCACUGUCUGGCCUACCCUCGGGGGGUCGCCAGCUGAGGCCCGCCCGUCCAGUCACCAAGCCCAGGGAAGAAGACGCCACCGCUGGGCAGAGCUCGCCCACUCCGCCCAUGGGAUCAGAGCGGAUGGAGAUGCGGAAGCGGCAGGUGCCCGCCGCCCCGGAUGCCCCAGGCGCCGCCCCAGGCCAGCCGGGAGUGGGAAGCCGCGGGUCCAACGCAUGCUGCUUCUGCUGGUGCUGCUGUUGUAGCUGCUCGUGUCUCACUGUUAGAAACCAGGAAGAUCAGAGGCCCACAAUAGCUUCCCACGAACUCAGAGCAGACCUUCCAACCUGGGAAGAAAGCCCUGCUCCUACUCUGGAAGAAGUCAACGCCUGGGCUCAGUCAUUUGACAAAUUAAUGGUCACUCCAGCAGGAAGGAAUGCAUUCCGUGAGUUCCUGCGAACAGAAUUCAGUGAGGAAAACAUGCUCUUCUGGAUGGCCUGUGAGGAACUGAAGAAGGAAGCUAAUAAAAACAUUAUUGAGGAGAAAGCAAGGAUAAUCUAUGAAGACUACAUUUCUAUACUUUCCCCUAAGGAGGUGAGCUUAGACUCCCGGGUGAGAGAAGUCAUCAACAGAAACAUGGUGGAGCCGUCCCAACACAUAUUCGACGAUGCUCAACUUCAGAUUUACACCCUGAUGCACAGAGACUCGUAUCCUCGAUUCAUGAACUCUACCGUCUAUAAGGACUUGCUUCAGUCCUUAUCGGAGAAAUCCAUUGAAGCAUAGGAUUUUUCAAAUAUAUUUAUUAUUAAUAAAAUAAUAAAAAGAACUCAUGGGCUACAUCUAGCACAGUGAAUUUAGAGGCUGUAGCAUCUUCUGCUGGAGUAAUACUCAGGCUAUUUUAAUAACAGAUGAUUCCCUCAACAGACUGCUAUAUAUUCACAAUGUAAAUUGCAGCCACCUUCACUGAUACUUUUGGGAAAAGAGAAAGGGACAGGGCUGUUGUAGAAAGCGUAUUUGCAUUUGCAGUAACUCUAGCAUGUGGUCAGUGGUGAAGGCUACACAGAAGGCUCCCUGCUGCCCAGGGCAGGUGCAUCCACCAGAGCAAAGGGAGCCACUUCUGUUUUGCAUGACUUUGGUAACUGGUUACUGUUCCCCCAAGAGAAGACAUUCAGGUGUUUCUCAAUCACCUCUUCCGUCCAUUAAGCUUGGUUUGAACACUUCACUUAUCAGUGCCAUUACAGGGCCCAAAUUCACAGUUCAUAAAGAUGUGACCACUACAUGUAAAAAUGGCAUUCCGCGUGAUCUUAGAGUAUGUCUGUAUGGAGAUACAUAUGUGUGCGUGUGUGGGUCUCUGUGGUUAAUGUAGAGCACUGAUCUGAGGUGGGUCAGUCUCAAGUGUCUGGUAACAGAAGCAGUGCUUAGAAAAUUCUUUUGUAGAAAAGAAUUACUAUUAUUUUAUUAUCAGAAUUUGCCAACCUAAAGAAUGAAUUUUUAAAAUCACAAUUUGGUCAUCUUCACAAAACUGUCAAAUAAGCAUAUUUCCAUUUUUAUUGAAAGAAAUAUGGGCAUUUUCAUUCUUUAAAGAAAUAAAGCACAAUAAUUUUAUCUCAA